AUGGGUCCUUUUGCUGCGAUUUGCAUUGUCGACUGCUUCUUUGUCGCUCGUGGCAACCUUUUCAUAAGAGAACUAUACGUCGGCAAUGCUGAUUCGCGUUACUGGUACUGGAAGGGUUGCAACUUGCGAGCAAUUGCAGCAUGGGUCAUUGGGAUCGUUCUUCCAUUUCCCGGAUUCGUUGCGACCUUUGGAACAGUGACGGUUUCUAGCGGUGCGCAGCAGACGUGGAAUCUGGGUUUGGUUAUGAGUGGCGUGGUAUACUACGCUCUCAGUAUUUCCAUGCCUACUCAGACGCUUGAGAAGUCUCAUGCGUUCGAGGAGCUAGAUGUGGAGACUGACAUGAUCAUUGAUUCAGUGACCUAUAUUGAAGAAGGGGCCGCAAAUCUGGAUGGAAUGCACAAGCGGGGGUCUUUGGACAAGAUCUGA